AUGGAAUUUUAUAUUUUAAUAUUAUUAAAAUCUACAUAGAAUGGAUAUGCAUCCUAUCAUUUCGACAUCAAAAUAAAAAGCAAUAAAGUACAAAAUAAUUUUCAUAAUUUGAGUUGCUAUAGUUGGAGAUAAAGGAGUAGGUAAACAUUAAUUAAUUGAAAAAAUGCUGGAUGUUGAAAGUAAAGUAAAUGACAGAGAUAUUACGUCAAUUGAUUUUUUUAUAUCGUAUAUAUGGAUAGGGGAUUGCUAAUAUUAAACAAUCCAUUAUUGGGUUAUCUCCUUAGAUUCAAAUUAAUAAUAGUAUAUUUAUAUUAAUAUGUAAGGUUUAAAUCUAUGCCAUUUAUCCCUUAAAGUGAUAUUUAUGUUAUCAUGUUUAGCUUACACUAAUAAUAAAGUAUGUUUAAUGCUCUACAUGUUUGGUUUUAAUUAAGUUCUUAAAAAUAAAGUGCCUAAUUUAUAUUUUUGGGAUCUGAUAGUGGAUAACUAAGAUAAUGUGGUUCUUACAAUGAAAUUAUAAAAAUCAUAAAGAAUAAGAUGAUAAGAUCUUCCCCAAACUUAGAAUAAACCUUAAAUGAAUCAUCUCUAAAAGAAAUAAGAAAAACUAUUGCUUAUGUUGAUGAUUUUAUAGAGGAAUCUCUACCAGAAAAUGUUCAAUAUCUAGAAAUUAUGGAUUAUUAAUACCAAGCUUUCAAGAGAGUUCUUAUUAACUCUGUCUAAAAUGUGAUAAGUAUUGGCCGAUAACAAUUGUAUUCAAUCAGUGCCCCCAUAUCUCCAAAUAUAAUGCCUUAAUUAUAAAAGUCUGUAUCUGAGUUUCUGCAGAAAACAGAAUAUAUUGAUAAGUAGGAUAAUUUAAAGAGUGUGAAAGAGAAGAGAUAAUCAGAAAUAAUUCAAACUAUAAAAAUAGAUUAUUCUUUACAUAUUUAACCUAUUUAAACAACGAUGAAUCCUGGUUUCUUAACUUUAGAAUAGAGCAGCUGUUCUUAAUAAGUUCAAAAAGAAACUGGAUUUUGUUGUUAAUUAAUAUGA